AUGUCAAGAGAUAAUCCUACAGGCAGUCUCUUUGGGACGAACAUCUCACUCGCACUUUUGACGAGGUACUUGAGGGACAAUCAAAGGGCUGCUGCAUCAUCAGUCACAACUCCACCUGCAUUCAAUCCACCACCCAUUGUCAUUCCCGGUACCCCCAUAUUCCCCGAAUUUGGUUCCAUCAGUGCAUUAGGUCAUGCUGUUACCAAUAAUAUCUUUACUCCAGAUGUGUUCUCGACUGGUGCCUGCCCUGUUGGAGAUGGCUCACCAGUCACAAGGCAUGAACAAGUGCCCACAUCUGGCUCUACCUCCACAAUCAAUCUGGCACCUACCAUCAGGGAAUCUGGUUUACCCAUUCAGCCGGUUGGGGCACUGCUGGUACCAACUCACACGGUCCCAAUGGAAUCCAUGCCUUCCACCAGCACCAUUCGCAUGUUGGUCACUGGGUCACCAAAUGUACCCGAGGAUGGUCAGUCUGUCUCGGCUCCCUUGCCACAGCGAUUAUUUGCACCUCAAUCACACCAACAAGGUUAG